AUUGACAUGAAUAACAUGAAUCAGUCGGACAUUGACUUAGCACAGCUGCUCAAGACAUUUGAUCCGGAUACAAAGUCCUUCAAAUUUGGAACCAAAUCAUUCCAAAUCACAAGCAAUGCAGUGACUCAGAUUCUAGGACUGCCAAAUGAAGGCAAAUCUGUCAAACUUGUCAAUGAUAGGUACACUGCUACCUUCAGAACAAGGCACUUUGGAGAAAAGGGAAAACCUUCAAAAAACCAGGUAGAAGCAGAAUUACAAAAGACAAUUGCCUUGGCAAACCAACAGAAGAAAGAAAAGGCAAAGACAGAGCAAAAGAAAAAAACGAACAAAGGAAAAGAAAGGAAAGAAGCUGAAGAAGAAGAAGAAGAAGAAGAAGUUGAUUACGACAAGGAGGUGGUCAGCCUAAUAUUGAUUCUGCUGUGCAUGACAUUCCUUUUUGCCAACUCUUCAUCUACUUUGCAUUGGAAAUUAUUUGAGCACUGCGUGAAUCUAGACACACUUUCAAGCUAUUCAUGGGCAAGAGCUGUUUCAGACUACAUGAAUGAAUCCUUGACCGCAAAAGCAAAAGCAAAAGCAAAGAAGGGAGGAGAAGCCUCUAUAGGAGCUGUUUCGGGUUGCACUAUCCUAAUAUUGUUUCUACUGUGUGAGAGGACAAACAUCAUACAACCAAUCCUUGGCAAGGAGAAAGAAACUCCUGCCAUUCUUAGAUGGAGUCUUGUGGAACUCCACACAAGAUUCAACCAAAUAAAGGACUUGAAUGACAUCGAGGGUAUUUUCAAAACUCCUAAAAAGCGAAAAACUACCAGGGAAGAGGAAGACACUGUUGAGAAGGGUAUUUUGAAAACAUAUAAAAAGAGAAAAACUAUCGGAGAAGAGGGAGACCCUCUUGACAAGGAAAAAGAAAAAGAAGAUGAUGAGGGAAAACCUGAUGAUGCAAUUCAAGACCUCUUGGUGAAGUCCAUGACAGACCAAAUCAACUACCGCCAACAACAAGAUCCUAGCUUCGUUUGCCCGGAAAGAUUACAACUGUGGAAGGAUGAAAAGAAUGAAGACAGUGAGAAGAAAAUGAAGGAAUUGUGGGAUAUAUUUAUCCAAGCAGAAAAGAGAUCAAAGGAGCUGGAAGUGGAGUUGGCAACAUACAUAGAGAAAUUAGAUAAUGAAGAAUGUGUGACUGCCACCAUGACAGUGGAAUCUACAGUUCAGCUUAAUGAAAUACAAAAUCUGAAAAGGAGGAUUGCAGAAUUGGAAGGCAAGGAAACUGGUAUUGACAUGGAGAAGAUUGCCAAGAAAAAGGAGAUUCAAGAAAAGUACAAGGCAGAAAUUGAAAGCUUGUUGUCAGACCCAACAAUCUUUGAAAUGGAGAUGGAUCUGCCUACAAAACAACCAACACAACCAGUUGAAGAGAAAGAAGAAGAAAAGAAAGAAGAAGAGAAGCAACAAGAAGAGAGAGAAGAAGAGAAGAAGCAAGAUGCUCCAACACCUGAUGUUCCUUCAAGAGUACAAAGGGUGAAGAACAGAGAAAGAAAGAGGCUUCAAGCAUCUUGCUAUGUGUACGAAAAAAAUAAGAAAACAAAAAAGGAGGCAAAAAAGGAUGAUGAAGAACUACCACAAUUCAAGCUUAUCUCUUCCGAGGAGGUAUGCAAUUACUGCAGUUCAAGCUGCUGCUUUUUUCUAUUUUCUGCAUUGCAGAAACAGAAACUGCAAUGCAGUUUCCGUUUCCUGCAAUGCAGUGUGUUAUCUGCUUUACAGAAAUGGAAACUGCAUUGCAGUUUCUGUUUUAUCGAAUGAAGUUUCUAAUUAGUUUCCUUUCAAUCUGCAGUUAACAUAAGAGGCAUCUCAGCCCGAUGCCACAAAUCCAAUUCCUGACCCCCCUAAAGGAACGAGCCUUCAUGAUUCAAUACCUGUGGAUCUACAACAAUCAAGUGAUGAAGAUGAAGCACAAAAAAAGCAAACAAAGAAAAAACUAGGAUGGGGUCAGAAAAAGGUGUGGCAGAAAAUUCCAAAGCCGGACAGGGAAAGCAUUGAAAAACACUACUUAAGCACUCAACUUCGGUAACAUCUCUAUUCCAAAAUAACAAUUCUUUCAUCUUUUAAUUACAAUUAAACUAAAACUAAUCUUGUGAAUUUCAUGUAUUCGAAUCCACAGUGAUAUCUUCUGGGCAGGACUCAAUGAUGAGAAAGUGACAAACCAUGAUCUCAAAGAUAUUGUAUGGGACCUGGAACUGUCACAAAACGUAAGUAUUUACCAAUUCUAUAACACACACUGCACUGUAUUUUUUAUUUGUGCUACCUAUAUUCCCCAUUUAUAAUUCCAUUUUUCUCCAAUCAAUGUGAAACAGGUCAUUGAGGCCUAUAUCUAAAUAGAGGAGGAUAAAAUAGAGCCCAUGCAGACAGAGAGUCCACAGUACAUGUCCACAUGGACUUGGGUAAGUAUUAUUUUGAAAAUUCAAAAUUGUUUAAACAGACAAUGCACUGCAGUUUUCGAAAAAAUAUAUACUAACAAAUUGCCAUUCUGUGAUAUCAGGCUUACAUGCAAAGCUUCCUAGAGCCAUCUUGGCACAGGUUCCUGUAUGAACCCUUACUUGAAAAACUCGGAAAAUGCAAUGUUCUUUUCUUCCCAAUUAUUUCACAAGAAGAGUUCCACUUCACACUUCUCACAUUUCACAAAAAUGAACGAAAGUGGAGACACUACAAUCCACUUAGAUCGUUGGGACGUAGAAAAGAAGAAAGGUGCAUUGACAUUGCUCGAAACUUUGUAAGUGGAAUGAAACUGUCUUAAUUUCUCAGCACAAACACAAACAGAAACUGCAUUGCAGUUUCUGUAUUAUACAUACUGCCUAAUUUCAGACCAAAACUAUAAUAUGCAAUGCACUGAUUACCAUUUCUUUUUCUCUUUUUUUCUUCUUCUUUAAACAGGUUAAUAUUGUUGAAGGGUGGCUAGAAUAUAUAAGACCUCAAGCACGAGUGUUCAUAGAAACAAAAAAAAAACCAACACUUGUGAAGCAAAAGGAAGGGCCCCCAACACUUGUACAAAAAGAUUUGACUCCAAAUGAAGAACUCACUCUCAAAUGGAUUAUGCAAAAUCCAUUGCAGUUUCCAUUUGAGGAUGACAUGGAAUGUGCUCAACAAAGUGCAUCUUCGUAAGAAUUGUGUCUACUCAACUAUUCAUUACAGUUUGAAAUCAUUCAAAAGCAAAAAAAACUAAUCUCGUAUUUCAUUUGCAGAUUGGAUUGCGGCAUGUUCGUCAUGUUCUAUAUGGAUAAAAUAGCACAAGGACAGCCCAUUCCAAAAAGCGUGGACAAGAAAUUCAUGAAUGAAUAUCGAGCACAAUAUGUCACAAAACUCCUACACCACAAAAACUGUGUAAUUAAUCGUCUCUAGUGAUUUGCCUUUCGUUAACUCAAGACAAUAUGUAUCUUAAUUCUUGUGGAUGUUUGUAAAUAUUUCUAGUUAUGGUAUAUGAGAACAUAUUUCCUAUA